AGGUUUCUGAUGAAGCUGAGUCACGAGACUGUGACCAUUGAGCUGAAGAAUGGGACGCAGGUGCACGGCACCAUCACAGGAGUGGAUGUCAGUAUGAAUACUCAUCUCAAGGCUGUGAAAAUGACGCUGAAGAACAGGGAGCCUGUACAGCUGGAGACACUGAGCAUUCGGGGGAAUAACAUCCGAUACUUCAUUCUGCCAGACAGUUUGCCCCUGGACACCUUGCUAGUGGAUGUUGAACCAAAAGUCAAGUCCAAGAAAAGAGAAGCAGUUGCUGGAAGAGGCCGUGGCCGAGGCCGUGGAAGAGGCCGGGGCCGCGGCAGAGGAAGAGGAGGCCCAAGACGAUAACUUCUCCCAUGCCACUGUUAGCAAAUUCUGGGUGACUUUGGAUUCUUUUUGUACAGGUCUUGUUUAUGGUAUCCGUUUUUAAUAAACCGAGAAGUGAAACAGGUGUCUUUCUUUUGUUAUUGAAGUAUGGGAUGGGAGGCAUGCAUAGAAAUGGGCUGCUGCAGACUAAGCGUGUCCUGUUGGUGUUGAUUAUGACUUUCAAGAUUUCAUCCACCCCUGAAGGCUGUGAGAUGACCUUCUGCUCUUUGCCCCAUAGAGAUGGACUUGUGUUGACGCACUCUGAAAAUGUUUGAAACAAAAUCCCUCUUUUAUAAGGCACUUGCCAUCAUCUAAUGGUUAAAUAAGGCACUGCAUUUAGAACCUGUGUUCCGUGAGCAUGUCUCUUGUGUUCUUCAUUGACCUCUGUGGAAGUUCAUAGAUAAAAUGUUACUGUUUUCUAUUACAUGACGCUUAAAAUUUAAGCAUGGUGCUUCUAUAGAACAUUAACACGGGCAAAUGAAACAGUUCUGUGGAACUGCUGGACUGUUGCAUCUCAUGAUUAAAAUUAAAGUACACUUGGAUAUGAA